GUCUUCUAUCUCGAAACCGUUUAUAAUCAAAAAUCCCCUAAUAAUGCUGUCUCGCGUUGCACUGACUUGCGCUCGUCGCCUGACGCAAUCGACCGCGGCGUCAAUCCAACAGCAACACCAGCAGCCGCGCGCACUGCUGUCGAUGGGCGCUUCUGCUGCUCGUGCUGCCGCGGGUGCUGGAUCGUCCAAGCAGCAGGCGUACGUUUCGCCGUUCGACGAGCGCCCGCAGUUGACCGACGAGCACCGCAUCUUCCGCGACGCCGCCCGCCGCUUCUUCGAGACGGAGGUUGCCCCGCACCACGCAAAGUGGGAGCAGGACGGAAUGGUCUCCCGCGAGGUCUGGGAGAAGGCCGGCGCUGCGGGCCUGCUUGGUACGACCAUCCCCGUCGAGUACGGCGGUGGCGGUGGUGAUGCUUUCCACGCUGCGAUUGCUGUCGAGGAGCAGCUUCGUCUUCAGCUCUCUGGCCCGGGCUUCUCGCUCCACUCGGAUAUUAUCAUUCCGUACAUUCUGCACUACGGCUCGGAAGAGCAAAAGCAAAAGUGGAUCCCGCUCAUGUGCCAAGGCAAGGCCAUCAGCGCCAUCGGCAUGUCCGAGCCAUCUGCUGGCAGCGAUCUUCAGGGCAUCAAGACCACCGCCGUGCGCGAUGGCGACGAUUAUGUCAUUAACGGCUCCAAGAUUUUCAUCUCCAACGGCCAGAUGGCUGACAUUAUCGUGCUCGUCGCCAAGACCGAUCCGAGCAAGGGUGCCCACGGCACUUCCCUGAUUCUUGUCGAGACCGACCGUCCCGGCUUCCAGCGUGGCCGCAACCUGAAGAAGCUCGGCCUCAAGGCUCAAGACACCUCCGAGCUCUUCUUUGACAAUGUCCGCGUCCCCGCGUCCAACUUGCUUGGCAAGGAAAACCACGGCUUCAAGUACCUUAUGCAAGAGCUCGGCACUGAGCGUCUUGUCAUUGGCGUGCUCUCCCAGGCUUCGGCCGAGGGUGUCUUUGCCGACACUGUCAAGUACGUCAACGAACGCCAAGCCUUCGGCAAGUCGAUUGCCUCGUUCCAGAACACCAAGUUCAAGCUGGCAGAGAUGAAGACGCAGCUGUCUGUUGGCCGAGUUUUCAUUGAUCGCUGCCUCGAGCUCCAGAACCAGGGCAAGCUCGACCCCGUCGCCGCGGCCAUUGCCAAGCUGCACGCUGGUGACAUGCUUGCAAAGAUCACCGACGAAUGCCUGCAGCUGCAUGGUGGCUAUGGUUUCAUGUGGGAGUACACUGCUGCUCGCGCCUACGCCGACGCUCGUGUUCAGCGCAUCUAUGGUGGCACGAGCGAGAUCAUGAAGGACAUUAUUUCGCGCACCCUUUAAAAAAAAAAUGGCAAGUGCGUGUUUUGAUGCUCAAUCUGCGCCAAUUACAUCUUGGCCACUGUUUCUCUCGUUGUAAAUGUGCUUUUUUUAAUCAAUGAAGCUAGUUGCAUUGGAUCUGGAAUAUCUGCAACGCUUUUCGGUCAA